CUAUCCCUUUAAACCCAUUUUCCAGAAAGCCUGUUCAUUCCUGUUAUUCCUGUUUGUAAAACCAAAGCAAAUUUUCCUCAUUUUCCUUCUCUUUAGAAAAAAAAAUGGCAAUCAUGAUUUUAAAUGGAGCUUUGCUGUAUCGUCUGGUUAUAGUGGUGACAAUCGCAUGUCUUGGGAGCUUGUUCUGGUUCUCAUAUCUCAACAACUGCUCACCAGUUCAACAUCCUCAGCAGAGACCUGCGAGACCUGAUCUAGUAAAGGAAGAGAAACCGAUACUGUUGUUAUGGUUCUGGCCUGAAAACCUCCUUUUUAACCUGAGUGAUUGUCAAACAAUUUUCAAUAUUGACAGUUGUUUUUUGACGGACAACAGAUCUCUCUACAGCAACGCAGACGCUGUCCUCAUCUAUCACAAAUCUAUUAACCGGGAUCUGUCCAACCUUCCACCAUCUCCUCGCCCCCCAUUCCAGAAGUGGAUAUGGUUUAACCUGGAAUCACCAUAUCACACUGCAAAAAAACCAGGCAUUGAAAACCUGUUCAACCACACACUUAGCUACAGACAGGACGCUGAUAUUUUUACAAGGUUGCACUUAACUGUCAGAAAAACUCCUGAUGAAAAUUUUGAAAUUCCCAAAAAGGAAAAAUUGGUCUGUUGGUUUGUAAGUAACAAAAACGGCAGAGAGAGGAACGCUUAUUAUAAUGAACUUAAGAAGCAUAUCUACGUACAUAUGUACGGGAAGGUUAAUGGAACGCGCCUGGAGCACAAGGACUACUAUUCCACCAUGGCUAACUGCAAAUUUUAUCUCUCCUUUGAGAACUCCGUUUACAAGGACUACAUCACUGAAAAGAUUAAUGGACCCCUGUCAGUAGGUACUGUACCUGUGGUGCUGGGACCUCCCAGAAAAAACUAUGAAAACUUUAUACCCGGUGAUGCUUUCAUCCAUGUGCAAGACUUCCCAGAUGCAAAGUCACUCGCAGAAUAUCUCAUGCGUCUGGACCUGGACGAAGUCGCAUAUCGCAGGUACUUUAACUGGAGGAGACAUUUCUCACCACAACGGCAUUUAGUACAGCCACAAGCGUUUGAUCUGCCCAUCUGCACGGCCUGUGAAUAUAUAGCAACACACAAAUACUAUAAAGAAAUUCACGAUCUCUAUAAAUGGUACAACAAUUAAUUCAGUCAUGUCAUAUUGUGGACUUUUGUGGUGAAGGAUUUUGUUUGACGGCACUAUUUUUUUUUAAACAUAACUAGCAUAUGAGGAGCUUGUUUUGUAAUAUAUUAUCAAAAUGUGGCACUCGGAAUCACUGAACAUCUUUCCUCUACUACUGAACAACAACAUAAAAGUUUACAUAGCUAGAGGCGCUCGCUUUUGCCAGAUACUCGCAUAAUCUCAUGCGUAAUCAGAGUUUACUGUUAAGGGAGUGUCUUGCGUGUAUUUUGUGAAGAUGAACGACUGUUUUAUCAUAAACCGUUUUGACGCAUGUGCAGCAGGCCCUUAUUUU